CCGUCCUGGCCCGGCCCCGAGGGGGGAAGCCCCCCUGCGGCCGGCUCGCCGCGCCGCGGCGCGGCGGCCGCGGGCCGGCCCUCUCUGGUGCCCAUCGCCCGCAUCACGGCGGGCGCCGCGGCGGGACUCCUCCUGGCGGCCGUGUGGCGCGGGGACGGCUCCGUCGGCUUCACCGGGCCGCGGCUGCGCCAGCGGGCCGUUGCGACGGCCCUGGCCGCCGAAGUGAGGAGCUCGCCACUGCUGGCGGACCUGCUGGCGUUCGCUGCCUCGGAGUCUGACGAGGGCAAGGUCGCUGCCCGCGUGGACGGGGACUUUGGCGGCCUCGCGCCCGAGGACCCGGGACCUCACCUCGCUGCAGGCGCAGCUGGCCACGGCCCCGGAUGA